UGCUCCUGAGAAUGACAGUUGGACCGCAAAGAAAAUCGCCCACACACGUUGGACAUAUAACGUGCAACAUCGUUCCAAUAUUAAAGAGAGAAGGAAGAUGUAUUUUCUUCUCCGCCACACAAAGAAUGAAAUGCUUCCAGAUGACAACACCGUUUGAUUGGUCCAACCUGACCCUCCACCUGCAGGAUUCAUUAACUCAUGCUCUGGAUGAUUUCCUGAAGCAGUGGCAGUGGAACACCACACAGGCUGAACGUGAUCUAAAUGCCAAACUAGCUGAAGAAAACUUCGACAACAUUAUCUGGUACCUAAUGGUAAUGAUCGGGAUAUUUGCCUUCAUUGUGGUGGCCAUUCUAGUGAGCACAGUAAAGUCCAAACGCAGGGAGCACUCCAAUGACCCCUACCAUAAGUACAUUGAGGGAGAAUGGAACUCCCAACCUCAGAUUCAAACAUACAACCAGAGCUAUGUCAUCUCCAACCCAAGCACCAGAACCUUUGAUGGACCCUGCUCACCCUGACCUACGCUGUCUGCUUGAAAAACACAUGUUGACUGGUGCAACAUCUUUAACUUCUUGAUUAUU